AUGGAGAACCGAUUGAAGCGUGUAAUCGGUAACACUCGCAUGUCAACAAUCGUUCCAAAGAGACGAUCUGUUGUCGCUUCUCAAUUUCAUUAUGUAAUACAGAACGGAAGAUUCCAAGAGGGAGAGGAAAGAGUUAAUUUAAAAAGGAAUUCAUUUUGUCUGUCCUUGGGAAAUCUCACUCCAUUUGUUAUCACACUUUUUGACCUAGACCCGCAGACCAUCUGCCCUGAUCCUUUGAGCUGUCACCUGGCGCCGCACACUGCGGGAGAUUCGGAAUGUCAAAAAAUUGAAUGA